CGGCUGCCAGCGCUGCUGCGCAGGUGUGUCCCUCUCCAGCUUACCUUCCUUCCGGAUUCACCUGUCUGCUUGCCUACCCGCGCUGGAGUUGAAGGAUGCGGCUGCGCUCCGGGGUCUUUGCUUCUUUCUGCCUGUUGGUGCAGGCCCUGGGCGUGGGGCUUUUCAUUAGAGGCUUCUUCCCGGCGCCGGUCAGAUCGCUGCUUCCGAGCGGGACCUUCGGCCAGGUCCCUGCAGAGCCUCCUCAGACAGAAUUGACAUCAGACUGGACCGAGAAGAUCCCACCUAUUUUUAACAAAGUAGUUAUAGUGUUGAUUGAUGCCUUGAGAGAUGACUUUGUUUUUGGUUCAAAAGGUUUAAAAUUUAUGCCAUAUACAACAGAGCUGGUGGAAAAAGGAACAACACAUGCUUUUAUAGCAGAAGCCAAGGCACCUACUGUCACUAUGCCUCGAAUUAAAGCACUAAUGACUGGUAGCAUCCCAGGUUUCAUUGAUGUAAUCACAAACCUUAACUCUCCAGCCUUGAUGGAAGACAACUUAAUUUGGCAGGCCAAACGUGCUGGGAAAAGAAUAAUUUUCUAUGGGGAUGAUACCUGGAUUAGGCUGUUUCCAAAGCAUUUUGUGGAAUAUGAUGGGACAACAUCUUUUUUUGUAUCAGACUACACUGAGGUUGACAACAAUGUUACUAGACAUUUGAAUAAUGUACUGAAAAGAGAAGAUUGGGAUAUGCUCAUUCUUCACUAUUUAGGAUUGGAUCAUAUUGGUCAUCUGAGUGGUCCAAAUAGUCCUUUGAUAGGACCAAAACUUUCUGAAAUGGAUAACAUUAUCUCGCAGAUUCAUAAGUCUUUGCUCUCUGAGGAACUGGAGAAAGGAACAUUGCCCAAUUUACUUGUUGUUUGUGGUGACCAUGGCAUGUCUGAAACAGGAAAUCAUGGCGGUUCCUCAGAAAGUGAAAUUCGCACCCCUUUGCUUUUUGUCAGCUCUGCAUUUCAAAGAACAGGUGGUCCCCGAAAAUAUCAAGAACUUAUUCAACAGACUGAUCUGGCUGUUACCUUAGCAUUAGGACUUGGCUUGCCAAUUUCAAGAAACAGUGUUGGGAAUCUUCUGUCCCCUGUGAUAGAAUGGAAGACACCUCGAGAACAGCUACGGCUGUUGCAUUUGAAUGGUUUCCAACUCAGUAACCUUCUUAAAGAGAAUGUUCCUACUUAUGAGAAAGAUCCUGGAUUUGAAAUGUUUGUAAAGGCAGAAAAAGCCCAUGGGAAUUGGAUUCAAUACUAUUUGGACGGCAGUAAUACACAAGUUGUCACGAAUUUGAGCAAAAAAAUUAUAAAACAAUAUUUGGAAGCUCUCAAGAUCCUGAGCUUUUCUUUAAGCAAGCAAGUGGCCCAGUAUGACAUGUAUUCAAUGAUAAUAGGAACAAUGAUUAUUGUGGAGGUGCUGUUCUUACUCUUACUGAGCCUUCCAAAAGCCCUGAGCAGCAGAGCUGAAUUUGAGGUGCCAAACUCAUCCUUGUGUUCUCUGAUGUUCUACUUGAUAUGUCUUUUAUGGAGUGCCAUUCAUGUAGUUGUGUGCACCUCCUCGGAAAGCUUAUGCUAUUUUUGUAGCAUUCCCUGGAUUCUGGCAGCUGGAAUUAUCGUGCUGAUUUCGGGGCUUUUUUGCAUCAUAAUUUCCCUUCUGGAAAUGCGGGUUAUAAAUUCAAGACAAUUGUUGAAGAAUCCAGCUGCUGCUCCUUCCAGCUGGUCUGAAUUAGAUGUGUUGAUCCUGGCAGGCACCAUUGGCCAUAUUUCAAGUCUGGGUGCCAGCAGCUUUGUUGAAGAAGAACACCAAACCUGGUACUUCCUGAUCAAUACCCUUUGCCUUGCCCUCUGCCAAGAAAUCUGCAGGCACUAUUUCUUGACUAAGGAGGGUGAUCUGCAGAUCCCCACCACAGGCAAGGCAAAAGCAGAAGAAAUGAAAGAAACUCCUUCCCACUACAGAAGUGAUAUUGAAAUAACAGAGGAUGAGCUGAAGAUGGGUAGAGGGGACAACCCCGUAAGUGUGAAUACCUUUGAGAAGUGGAUGGCCUUAGCGACUCCAUGGCUCAUCCUUAUCAUCUGUAGAGUGCUUCGUUCGUUGAAUCAAACUGGAGUCCAGUGGGCCCAUAGGCCAGAUUUUGGACAUUGGCUGACAAGCUCGGAACAUAAAACUGAACUUUCUCUUCUGGCAUCGGUGUCUCUAGUUAUGAUCUUAAUACUUGUUCAUCGAAGAUGCUCUUUGGUUUCGAAAAUAGCAAUGGCACUUGGACUCUUGGGAGUGUACAGUUACCAGGCAGCGAUAGGAAAUGUGGAAUUUCCAUGGCAACAAGACAGAAAAGAUAUUUCAAAGGGCACAAUCGAAGCACGUUUUGUUUACAUCUUUGUUCUUGGCAUCAUCUUCACAGGCACAAAAGAUUUAUUCAAAUCUCUAUUUUUUUCAAUGGAUACUAAGAUCAAGUUUAAAGGUUUAUGGGAAAUCUACGGUGGGCUGGUUUUGCUAUCAGCUCUCUUGCUCAGACCUCAUAACUUACCAGUUUUGGUCUUGUGCUUAUUCAUUCAAACCAUGAUGAGAAACUACAUCUGGAAGCCACUGGAGUUUGAUGCAGCUCAAGUUACUAUCAUGCAUUAUUGGUUUGGACAAGCAUUUUUCUUUUUCCAGGGUAAUUCAAAUGGCAUUGCUUCUGUGGAUGUUUCAGCUGGUUUUGUUGGACUAACUGACUACGUAGAAAUUCCUGCCAUUUUUCUUACUGCACUUGCAACAUACUCAGGGCCUCUGCUGUGGGCCAUUCAUUUGUUGUGUUAUUUGAGUUCUGAAGUGGACAGGUAAACUUUUUAUGCCAUCAUUUUAUUUAUU